AUGGACAAAGUGUUUGGUGUUGGCUUCCUCAGUCAUCCUAUGAGGCUGGCGCUCAUUUGGUCACAGGUGGAACAAAUUGUGUUCUCGGUGUCGAGUAUGGAACGCGCAAAGGCCUACGAAAAACACCGCUCGCUCAUCUUUCGACUCUUUGUCACCGAAGGCUUGACGCACGAACAGGCCAAGCUCGAGUUUGAGAAAUUGGAACUGGAACCCCGGUUGACGAUGAACCAAUGGAAAACCUUGCUACGUAAUUUGAGAAUCUAUAAAAACAUCCGCAGCGAGAGCGCCGCUGACGCUCAAACUAUCCUCAGUCAAACGCCUGAUGAUGGACACUGUCUGAUUUUUGAGAAUGGUGUGCUUCAAGAUAAUCAUGACAUUACCCAGCAUAGUCGCAGAAAACAGAAAGAGCCGAAGAAAAAGAAGAAGGCUACUUCUUCAAAGACUACAAGAAUCAGUCUACCUUUCAAUAUCACCGCUCUCAGCAACCCGUCCACUUUCAGAGACUUCCAGUACCUUCUUUUCGCUACUCGAAUUCAUUUUGAGUCCUCUUUUGACACUGGUAAAUGGGCGCCAAACCAUCAGGGUCUUUAUGCUAGGAGCCCGGAUUUCCAAGCUCAGGUGAUGGAGCUCAGUAAGCUACAUAAUCGGAUAUUCCAUGCGUUGAAACACUUUAGAGAGGGACAAAAUGACCAAGCUCAGGAAUUAUUACAAGAGGCCUUCCCUCUACACAGAUCAGUUGUGAGGUGCUCUCAUCACCGACAAAUUCCAGACAUUCUUGGAAUUCUUGUUAUGGUCUGGAGAUCGGGAAACAAGAAGCUACAACAUAAAAUUAGGGAUGAUCUGGUUGCUUUGGCAGCACAGAGCCUCCCGCAGAAUGAUCCGCGCAGAUUGAUGCUUGAAAGCCUCGGAAGGCUGGACUUGGACCAAAUACGCCCUCUUUACUUAGCAUUCGAUGCUUAUUGCCGUUCAUUAUGGAUGGAACGAGCAUCUGGCAGCAUUAUCAAAGCAUAUAUCUCGUACAACCAAGCCCGAUUUCCAAGAACAGACGAGGGUGGAUUCUACAGCCUGUACGAGGGAAUGGCGCUCGGGAGUAUUCAAAACUCUCUAGCUCAGGUGGACGCCGAGUUAGAGCCAUACAGCCAUGAGAACAUGCUGCUAUGGCACACCGCAAUCGAGUACCUCUGGAGUAGGAGAAGAUACACAGAAAUGAGCUACAUUUGCGCACAUUUAUCCAAACGCAUCAAUCAGCUUGGGACAGAGUUUGAUUAUACUCAAAACAAGCAACUUAACCAUGAUGCUGCUACCACCUUUCUUCUUCUUGGUCUAUCGCAUGAAGUCCUGGGAUACCCUUAUAGCGCGAGAUUGGAAUUCGAACACGCGGCUUAA